GGCAGGAUGGCGGUAUUCAAAUUAUUGGUGGGUCGGCCAGAACGAAAGAAUGUUCAGCGGAUUUCUUUAAAAGCUUUCUUGAUUUUCUUCCUCUUUCACGCCUUCAUCCAUCACGACAAUAUGACUUUGGCUGUUGAUCUCCUCCACCCUACUGUCGAACACGAAAAGCGUUCCCACAAGCUUAAGCGUUUGGUGCAAUCCCCCAACUCUUAUUUCAUGGAUGUCAAGUGCCCUGGUUGUCUUAACAUCAGCACUGUCUUCAGCCACGCUCAAACCGUCGUAUUGUGUUCCUCCUGCGGUACCGUUCUCUGCCAACCUACUGGUGGUCGUGCUCGUUUGACUGAAGGUUGCUCUUUCCGUAAGAAGGCCAAUUAGACAAUUAGAACUUUGGAUACGAAACGACGAUUCAUUUACGACGCCUACUUCAUAUCAUUAGUUUCUUCGUUAUGUGAAUAUAUCAUUUCAAAAUAAAAUAGUUAUUUUACAUAUAUGACGACGACAUGGAUGAUUCGAAUAUACAUUUGACUUUAUACGAUGAAGGAUGAUGGAUUUUGUGUAUACAAUAUGUGUGUAUGUGUAAACUAAAUAUAUGUGUAAUAUUAUUUUGGUUGUUAUAGAUGGUUGGAAAAGAAAAUGUUGAGAAAAAAGAAGUUUGUUUGAUUUGAUUCAAA